AUGGCCCUCUUCCCUCAUAUCCGCUGCUCGCUGAAACGGCAGUUGGAUGUGUUGCUGCACUUGCUCCUGGCCCGCUCCGCCCUGGACCUCACAGGCUCCAUUCCAGUUGACCUCGCCACCUUCAACGUGGACCUUUGCUUUGAGGGCGCCUCGGCCAAGUCUUCCGGUUGGUCAGCUCGGGAAGUUGGUUUUGACAACCUUCUUCUUCUUUGCAUUAUGGGCUCGCCUGCUUUUGCGAAGCUACUUUCCUCGUCGGGUCUCUCCGGUACCCAACUCUCCGCGCGGGACAAGCUGGCGCGGCUCUUACGCUCCUUUCGGGGCCACCCAGCUUCCCUGGUGGAUCGUUCUACUCGGGCGGGUCGUGUUUUACAUGGUCGCCUCACUGGGAUGAAGACCCGUGCUGAAGCAAAGCAAGCCCUCAUCCAUUCCAUCCCAUUGGGCCUUAAGCGCCCACAACUCAAGGUUGGCAAGCGCUGGCGUGCCAAACGCGCCAUCUUGUCGCACAUUGGUGGCUAUCCGCAGUUCGGCCCCUACUCCACGUCUGCAUUCUGGCAACUGUUUCGCACCCUGUACCCCACCUUCCCCGCGUCCGUGGACAAGCAAUUCUGCGAGACUGGCCCCGGUGCACGUGGUGGCCUCAAUUGGAUUAUGGGGUUCCCUCCUUCCCUGGGUAAGGCGUCCAAGGAUGUGCAUCACUCCAACCUCUAUGCGGAUAAGCUGGUUAAGCUCGGUCUUCCUCUUGCCCGUAAUCGCCUUCUACGCCCUUCGGCUGGUGACCCCGCGCACGUGGCUGCAGCUAAACGCAAGCUCCUCCUACACUUGGACACCCUCGAAGGUCGUGCCUUUGCUUGCUGUGAAUACAGUAAGUUUGUACAUUUCCUUCUCCACUCGUCACGCUGA